AUGGGGCCAGUGACCCUCCCACACGACCUUGACCUACGCCAGGACCGGGCCCGAGGGUCGUUUAUCGGCACCGUUGACUCAGUAGCGUUGAAAAAGCCACCAUCUGCACAGAUGUUUUCGGAAGGAGAAAAAGAAAAGGUUUUCUUCCCCCUUGUAACAAAUGGUAAACCCCCGUCUUCGUCACUGCCUUCCUUUGGAGCCUGUUUAGGAGAGGAGCGUGUCCUACACUGGUCUGCACUGGUUGCUGAUUUCCCUCUAUUCCUAACUGUUAUGUAUAUGCUGCAUUUAGACUUCCUUAUGGCAAAGAAGGUUUUUUUGUUGUUUUUUUUAAAGAAACAAACUCCACAAAUCAUGAAGCUGUGUAAAAGCUACAUACGCCUCCAAAGCUCUGAAUUCAGGUCCCAGUUGCUGUCACAAAGGAGUGAAUGGAAUCGCACCCAUCCUUUUUCUAGAGUAAAAGUGCCUUAG